AUGGCCGGUGCCUGGAGGAUGGGGCCCUGCGCCGUCCCCUGGAUGAUGCUCUGUCUGCUCUGCCUCCCGCCCUGUGCCAGGGCCCAGACGAAGAUCCCGCUGGAGACGGUGAAGUCCUGGGCAGAUGCCUUUGGUGGGGAGCUGUACUCCAUUGUGACUAAGUAUUCAGGCUCUCUCCUGUUGCAGAAGAAGUACAAAGAUGUGGAGCCAACUCUGAAAAUCAAGGAGGUGGAUGGCUUGGAGCUGGUGAAGAAGUUCUCGGAGCAGAUGGAGAGCAUGCUCCGCAGGAAGGUGGAAGCUGUUGAGAGGCUGGUGGAAGCAGCAGAAGAUGCAGACCUGAACCACGAGUACAACUCCUCGCUGGAGUUUGAUUACUACAACUCUCUCCUGAUUAACGAUAAGGAUGAAAAUGACAAUUACGUGGAGCUUGGGGACGAAUUCAUUCUGGAGCCAAAUGAGCAUUUCAAUAACCUGCUGGUGAACACAACCUACAGUGAUAUCCAGCUGCCCACCAACGUCUACAACAAAGACCCUGCCAUACUCAAUGGAGUUUACAUGUCAGAAGCCCUGAAUCCUAUUUUUGUGGACAACUUUGAAAGGGAUCCCACACUGACCUGGCAGUACUUUGGCAGCUCCACUGGAUUCUUCAGGCUGUACCCAGGAAUAAAGUGGUUACCAGAUGAGAACGGAGUCAUCUCCUUUGACUGCAGAAACCGUGGCUGGUACAUCCAAGCAGCCACCUCUCCCAAGGACAUUGUCAUCAUUGUGGAUGUCAGUGGCAGCAUGAAGGGCCUGAGGAUGACCAUUGCCAAGCACACCAUCGUCACCAUUUUGGAUACUCUGGGAGAAAAUGACUUUGUCAACAUCAUUGCAUACAAUGAUUACGUUCAUUUUAUCGAGCCCUGUUUUAAGGGUAUCCUGGUCCAAGCAGACAGAGAUAACAGAGAGCACUUCAAGCAGCUGGUGGAGGAACUGCAGGCAAAAGGAGUGGGGACUGUGAGCAAGGCUUUGACAGAGUCCUUCAAAAUCCUGAGAGAGUUCAGAGAUGCUGGCCAAGGAGGUUUGUGUAACCAAGCCAUCAUGCUGAUCACCGACGGAGCCGUGGAGGAUUAUGAAGCUGUGUUUGAAAAAUACAACUGGCCCGAUCGGAAGGUCCGGGUGUUCACGUACCUCAUCGGACGGGAGGUCACUUUUGCCCCCAACGUGAAAUGGAUCGCCUGCAACAACAAAGGCUACUACACUCAAAUCUCCACGCUGGCAGAUGUCCAGGAGAAUGUCAUGGAGUACCUGCACGUGCUCAGCCGGCCCAUGGUCAUCAACCACGACCACGACAUCAUCUGGACUGAAGCCUACAUGGACAGCGCGCUGCCACAGUCUGAGGAGCUCUUUGCGUCGCAGGCUCAGAGCCUGCUGCUCAUGACGACAGUGGCCAUGCCGGUGUUCAGCAAGAAGAACGAGACGCGAUCCCAUGGCAUUCUUCUGGGUGUGGUGGGCUCUGAUGUACCGCUGAGGGAGUUGUUAAAACUUGCUCCACGGUAUAAGCUGGGUGUCCAUGGCUACGCCUUCCUGAACACCAACAACGGCUACAUCCUUUCACACCCAGACCUCCGUCCUUUGUAUAAAGAAGGAAAGAAACUGAAGCCUAAGCCGAACUACAACAGUGUAGAUCUUUCAGAAGUGGAGUGGGAAGACCAGGAUGAAAUACUGAGAAGUGCUAUGAUCAAUGGGGAAACAGGAUACCUCUCUAUGGAUGUGAAGGUCCCUGUGGACAAAGGGAAACGAGUUCUCUUCCUCACCAAUGAUUAUUUCUUCACGGACAUCAGUGGCACACCCUUCAGCCUGGGUGUUGUGCUGUCCAGGGGGCAUGGGGAGUACAUUCUGCUGGGGAACACUUCAGUGGAAGAAGGUUUGCAUGACCUGCUCCAGCCAGACCUGUCUUUAGCAAAUGAAUGGAUUUACUGCAUCACCGACAUUGAUCCUGACCACCGGAAGCUCAGCCAGCUGGAGGCUGUGAUCCGUUUCCUCACUGGAGAGGAGCCUGACCUGGAAUGUGACGAGGAGUUGGUCCAGGAAGUGCUGUUUGAUGCAGUGGUCACUGCCCCCAUGGAGGCCUACUGGACAACACUAGCCCUCAACAUGUCCUUGGAUACUGAGGCAGGCGUUGAGAUGGCGUUUCUGGGCACUCGGGCUGGACUCAUGAGGAGUGCCCUGUAUGUGGGCUCUGAGAAGAUUUCCAACAAGAAAUUCCUGACACAGAAGGACAAGGAAAGCAUCUUCACCAUGGACCACUUCCCUCUGUGGUACCGCAGGGCGGCCGAGCAUCCCCCCGGCAGCUUCAUCUACAGCAUUGUCUCCGAAGAUGAUUCAGAGGGAGGUGGCCUGCCAAAAGUGGUGACAGUGAGCACGGCUGUGUCUGUGUCUGUGGACGGGAAGAUGGGAAUUGCUGCAGCGGUGGGUGUGCAAAUAAAGCUGGAUUUGCUCCAACGCAAGUUUUGGAUGGCCAUGCAACAGCCCAAUGACACUGAUUGCCGUGGCUUGGAUGGUGCCUGUCCGCUCAGCUGUCAGGAUGAUAUUCUGAACUGCUUCCUCAUUGACAACAACGGCUUUAUACUUGUUUCCAAAAUACCUGAAGAGACUGGAAAAUUUUUUGGUGCAGUGGAUGGCUCAGUGAUGACCCAGCUGCUAAACAUGGGCAUGUUCAGGCGAGUGACCAUGUAUGAUUACCAGGCAAUGUGCAAGGUGCCCUACCACCACCACAGCGGCGCCCGACCCCUGCUCAGCCCAAUUUAUGCCUUUGUAGCUGCAGUGAAGUGGCUGAUAAGUGAUUUCCUCAUCUUCCUUUUGGAGUUUAAUAUGAGUAGCUUCUGGCACUCAGACAACUUGGCAGAUGCCAAGGCUGUCUUCCAUCACUCUCACAGGCACAAGAAGCACGACACGCUGCAGCCCUGCGACACCGAGUACCCCGUGUUCGUCUACGAGCCGGCCAUCAAGGAGACCAACGGGCUCAUCGACUGUGGAGACUGCCAAAAGAUGUUUGUGGCACAGCAGAUCGUCAGCAGCAACCUCCUGCUCCUCGUCACGGACACUGUCUGCGAUUGCAGUGUCUUCCCACCCGUCCCAAUGGAUGCAAAAGAGGUCAAAUACAACGCUUCAGUGAAGUGCGAGCGGAUGCGCUCCCAGAAGCUGCGCCGGCGGCCGGACUCGUGCCACGCCUUCCACCCUGAGGAAAAUGCCCAGGACUGCGGUGGCACUGCUGGGAUCUCUGUGUGUCCGACGCUGCUGCUCCUGCCCCUGGUGCUGCUCCUGCGGUGACGCCGCCUGCGAUGCGCCUUACGCGGCAGGGACCCGGCGGGACAGAGCGAUGCGAGGGCAGGAGAUGGGGUCCCCUCCUGGGACACCCUCCGCCACUUCCCGAGGUGUCCUUCACCACAAAGCCCGGCACGGUGCCGACGGUGGGAGCUGCUGCCUCCUCGGAAGCCGGUGGCAAAAGGAGAUGCGAGAGCAGCAGGGGCAGCUCCUGGCACAGCAGCUGCUGAGCGGCUCCUCCCAGACACCGCUCACAGCCGGGAAUGCUGCGAUCAUCGGCACGGAGAACAUUCCACAUCAGCCGGCCUCCCACCGAGCCGCCUGGGCUGCGGGCGGCAGAGGGCUCGGAGGGGCAGAGCUGGCUCUAGGAGAGCAGGAGGGGCAGGGGACAGCACCUGCCUGUCCCUCAGGGUGAGCCACCGGGAUUUUGAACGCCCAGGUGUGGAAGCAGCAUGUCCUGGUCUUGGGGGUGGUCCUCAGCCGGGACCCCAGGCGUGGGACACGGCACCAAAGCUGAAUUGCACCGACCCCACCUGGAGCCGGGCAGUGGGAGGCAGCACAGAUCAACUGGAGAGCUGCAGCCACGCCAGCUCUGCCAAGGAGACCUCUCCUAACACUGCGAGGGCAGCAUCCAGGCUCUUGCCUACAUGCGGACUUACCUCUGGGAAGGGGUUUUGUAUGACCCACCAGAAGAGACUUACCCGCUCUCUUCAUUGCAGAAGCAGCCAAGAAACAGGCACUUUUCCCCUGCGAGCAGCACUGCCCUGCUCCCCUGGGAGCAGCUGCCCUUGGUUGUUCCCUGCCCUGAGCCUGGCAUUCCCAGCUGGUGGGCACGGGCCAUUUCUCACAGAGCUUUACGGACAACGGGUGGGAAGCACCCAUUUUUCUUUUUUUUUUUUUCUUUUUCUUUUUUUUUUUUUUGCUUUUUUAUGAACUGUUCCAUACCAUCUCAUUAAAAACAAAUACAUGGCAUAUUC